AGCUAUACUAGGCUCUGACUAUCCUCCGCUCCUGAAAACGCCAGACGACAACAGGUGUUCCUCAAGGUGCACAGAUAUGAUUCUGUAUGUCUUGGAACAGAUUUUGGCAAUAUACCGUGACAUCGACCAUGUGCGGCGGCUGCGGCGACGAGGAUGAUAUUGCCCGACCAAAAUAUUGGUCUUCCCAAUAUGAACGCGUAGUAGACGGAGUGGAAACAGCCUUGAAUCCCGUUUCUGCCAAGACUCUGCGGAAAGUAUUACUUUGUCUGGUAGAGCAACGAGAUGGAGGAGGAGUCAGACCCUGACGAAUAUGACGGCUGGCUCACGCUGACUUAUGACGGGGACUCUAAGCUGGAGGCGGACACUCUUAACAAUAUCCACGGCUCUGCCUCGUUUGGCAAUAUCACGGGCUCGUUCAAGGGACUCGCUGUGAAGCACCAGGUUUCAAGGCAUGGCAAGGGCGACAAAAUUCCGAAUUGCUGGGCUCUUUGCAUGUCGACGCUACGUAAAGACGCCAAACCUGUCGAUAAAAUUGAGCAAAUCACUUCAGAUGAGGCCCACAUGCUUACCGCCCUCGAAGUUCGAGACGAUAAUGGACAUCCAUUCGUGGAGUUCAGUUAUGAAUUGGGAUGGUCAGGUUGCUCCCCCUGGUACUUGGUUUACAUCGGGAAAAAGCAGGUGGAUGAGAGCCAUCCCAAAGGCUUGAGUGACGCGGAAAUGAGUAGGCUAGGCAUGGACAUGGAUGCUGAGGAAGUGGAGAUAGCGGUGAAUGGGGAUGGGAGUGACGAGGAGGAUGGCGAAGAGAAUAGCGAGGAGAGUGAUGAGGAGAGUGGCGAAGAUGCUCCCGUCCCAUCUCACCCCAGUGGUUCAUCCAUCGCAGGUGCAAUGAAACGCAAAGCCGAAGAGGAUGGGGAGGGGGACGGGAUACAAAGGCCUUCGGUUAAAGCAAAGCGCGCACAUCAUUAACCAUCUCGACGCGGGAGUCUUUUGCCUGUCGAUGUAUUUGUUUUGUUUGCAUAUUAGUACAUACAUCUUACGGACGCUACCCAAUACAGUAUUGUUCUCUUCGUUA